AUGGCAGACAAUGACAAAUGGAAGGAUUUUUUGGCCGAAAUCCAGGCUAUCGACAAAGGUAUUACCCUGCCUCCACCUCCGACUCUUCAGCAGGCCAGUGGCGUUAACUUGCGACCCAUUGUUGUCAAGAGUGUAUCAGAUUCUUCAACAUCAUCAAAUAUUGAGGAGGCAGUUGACAAAACUGACGCCGAAGUUAGCAAAGCUGAGAAGUCCUACAUCAAUAAGCUUCUCAGCACAAAACUUGUGGAAACACAGGCAUGUGAUAUUGAGAUGUUACGAGAAGACCCGUCUAGCCCACUGCAUUCAGCUAAAACCUUCCAGGACCUAGAUUUAGAUCCGCGACUUCUGAAAGGCAUCGCGUCACUUGGAUAUUAUAAGCCAUCGGCAAUCCAAGAAAAGGCCUUGCCCUAUCUAAUUGGUGACAGACCCCGUAACAUGAUCGCUCAAGCUCAAUCCGGCACUGGCAAAACUGCCACUUUCCUUCUUGCAAUGCUGAGCCGUGCGGAUGCCAACCUCGAGCGAUGCCAGUGUCUUUGCUUGGCUCCCACACGUGAAUUAGCCAUGCAAAUAGCCAAUGUCGGACGGGAAAUGGCCAGAUUCAUCCCCCAAAUCUCCUUCGGCCUAGCCAUCCGCGGAGAAGUUCCUGAGACUGAUCAGGAUGGCAACGUAAAAAACCAAGUGGUCAUUGGAACUGCUGGAACCGUUUCCUUGUGGAUGCGGGGAACGGGUGCUUACCACAUUGAUCGCAUGGCCCUUCGUAUGUUCGUACUCGAUGAGGCCGAUAUUAUGAUGGAAGAAUCUGGAUUUUUGCACAUUUCAAAAAGAAUUGUUCAGUAA